AUGAGUCUGCUGUUCCUGAUGCCUGCUCAAAUUCCUGCACAGGACAAACAACUACUGAUUAUGAUGGCGCUUGCUGCGCGCAACCUUAUUGCAUGCCACUGGAAACAACAGACAUGCCCGACGCUACAGCAACUACUCCACAAGACACAACAGUAUCUGAGACAUGAAAUGAUGAUUACUACGACACCCAGACGCAGAGAUGUCACACACAACAAUUGGCAAAAAUGGAGUAAAUACAUAACUGAUA